AUGACACUUCGCCGCAGUCAGUACCAUCACCAUGCCCUCAUCUCCCUCUUGAUUCUGGCCAUCCUUGUCCUCUCCCUCCUGGCGACGACCCUGGCAAGCCUAUCCACGCGACCUUGGACCAGCCCGUCCGCCACAAUCAAACGACUCUUUCACAACUCUGCCUCAAUCAACGGCCUCCGUCAUCACCACGAUCAUGGCCUACAACCCCGACAACUGACCGUGGAUCCUCCCUCUGGCGGCCUUCCUGCGCCAGGCCCCAUCAACGCCACCAACAUUGGCCAUGGCCCUGGCGGCCCGCUGCUCGACGGACCCUACACCUACUACUGCGGCGUCUUCAACACGGGUAUGCCCGCCACCAUCCGCGCCGGCGCCAUGAGUCUGCGCGCCAUCAACAUGACCUACUCGCUGCAGCCCGGCGCGUGCCAGCGCGUCUACUGCUACGACACAACGGCCGUCUAUGUCUGCAACAGCAACAGCGACGACGGGGUCGCGCCGAACGUGACCAUGACGGGCUACGGCGUGGGCUGGAUGGCCGACCGGCUGUCGCUGCUGUGCUGCGACUCGCACCACGCGGCCUCGGCACAGCUGUUCCAUCCCACGGCCGGCUGGAACACGGUGGUGGGCUAUGGCAACUGCCGCCAUGACCCGGCCGAGCCGCCGUCGUCCUUUGGCACCAGCAACGGCGGUGUGAACGGGUACUGCAUUCCGAGCGAGAGCCGACCAAGUCCAGGGACCGGAAGCGGUGCAGAGACGUGA